CAGACAUGAAUGCUUUAGGAAAUGUAGAGAAGGGUGCUGAAGUGGAUUCCAUGUAUUAGAAGACGGGCUGAAAGCACUAAGUUUGCACACUCUGAAAAGGCGUAGAAUUAGAGAAAAUAUGACUGAGUGCACAAAUGGAAAACAGGAAAAAAAAAAAGGAUAUAAACAGUGCUGAAAAUUUCUAGCCAAGCCAAGACUCGCAGCAAUGGAUUCAAGAGGGAAGGAUCAAGGGAAGUACUGGUUUGGCACAGAGUUGUGGCUUAAUGUGCGGAUCACCACCAUGGACGCGGAACUGGAGUUUGCUAUCAAGCCCACCACGACGGGCAAGCAGCUCUUCGACCAGGUGGUGCGCACUAUCGGCCUCCGCGAGAUCUGGUUCUUCGGCCUUCAGUUCACCGACAGUAAAGGCUUCACCACUUGGCUCGUCCUCACCAAAAAG